GUUAACUAACUAUCCCUCACUCGCUGAUGAAACGUUACCAUAUUUUAUGAUUAAUUCAGACUAAUUAUAUUAUUAUUUUAUUACUACACAGCGCUUGCAGGUGAAAAGUGUGUAUUGCACAUGUAACAGGUAAUAUGGGAGGCAUGAGGCGGUGACAAAUGAAAACCGAGAAGGCAGGAUGGAGAGCGGAUGAUAUUGUAUGCCAGUGUGUCGCCAAACUCUUUCAGCUGUUAUUCCGCGCAGCAGCGUGUUUUUGCAGCUACUUCGCUGACCUGUUGUCGCUAAAACUCGAAGGACUAACUGGAACCUCAGUUUGCCAAUAAGAUGAUAUUCUUGUUAUUCAAACCUAUUCAUCUCCUCGGACUUCUUGUGCGUGGUGGUAGGUAAAAAUCAGACAUUUUUAGUUAGUCCCAGAGAUGGACAUGGACUCUGCAGCCCCUCCUCAGAGCGUGCUGGAGUCAUUCGACAGGAAUGCCGCCGCAUCCGAAGGCAACUGCGAAUAUUUACAGUCUGUUAGUAGCGAAUCCAGCUCAUUCAUCAUGGUUCAGCCCAAAAAUCGUCUCGAAGUGCCAUCCAGGUUGUGGGUGACAGCGGUUGUGGUCAUCGUGAUUGUCCUUCAAGUUGCCUCGACCACAGGACUCUUCAUAUACUUGAACAUGUCAAUGGCACAGGCUCGGACACAAGGUGUGGUGGAGGAGCUGAGGUGUCUGGGUCUUCUGAACGCUCUGGAGAAAGAACAGGAUGUACCUGAUGACCUGGUCCAGCUCUUUGGUGAGCCGUGCAUUAAACUGGCUGAAGGACUCAAAGCCUACAUCUCCAAGGUCACAGAAACCGUAAUCUCGAAACACACCUUUCAAGAAAGAGUCGCUAUCCCUCCACGUACAAAAUUACUCACCACUGGCAGCCCACGGCCGUCAGCUCAUCUUACUCUCAGAGACAGUGGACUGCAGGGUACGACAUCCUUAACCCCUCAGACUGACCUACACCAGUCUUGUCGCCAUCCUGUUCGUUCCUGGGGGAACCAGAGUUUCGGCUCACACCUGCACAACAUGACCGUGUCCAACGGACGCCUGCGUAUCCCUCGCGCAGGCCGCUACUACCUGUACGCCCAAGUCUACUUCCGUUAUCUCACCCUCUCCAUUGACGAUUACCACUCGGGCUCCGACAGCCACCAGGUGGUGCAGUGCGUCUACAAGAAGACCGCCUACGCCCGCCCUAUUCAGCUCCUGAAGGGUGUGGGCACCAAAUGUUGGUCUCCAGACAGCGAGAACGCCCUUCACUCCAUCUACCAGGGGGGCCUGUUUGAACUUCGUGCAGGCGACGAGAUCUUCAUCUCCGUGUCUUCUCCCACAGCUGUGUAUGCAGAAGACUCCUCCAGCUACUUUGGGGCCUUCCUGUUUGACAUCUGAGGGACGCAGUUGGGCCUUGUGGUCUCAUUCUAAGGGAAAGGAAAUUGUUCCUGUUGGAAGGCCCCACAUGGGAACCGCGAAGAGAGGGAAGCACAGAUACUCCAGCAUCUGAGGGGUUCAAAAGACCAAACAACUCAGAAAACCAUCUAGUUAUUGUGGUCUAAGGACCAUUUGACCUUCAUAAGCUGAAUUUUAAGAUUCAGUAGAGUGAGAAACUCUGGACUCCCAUCUGAAUGGGCAGAUCAUGAGCAUAUCUGUGAGGGCUUUGGAAAGACGUUUCUGAAAAUGAGGACAAUGACCUUCACUAUUUAACCGCAUAAAAAGCCAAAAUAAUUCCUUAAAAUUAAGACUUUCACCUACAACAAAUGCACAAAACUUUGUGCAAGCUGCUAUUUGUGCACGCAAACCAUGCCAGAUUAAUAGUUUCCCACUUUCUUUUGAUGUUAUACUGUUUAUAUUGUUCAUUCUUUCCUAAAAAGACUGUCUGGGUCAGUGUGACCAAUCAUGGGCGUGAAGUCUCCAGUUAAUUAAAGGAAGUUGUUUUGUUGGGAAGCACUGUGCCACACAUACUGCAUUAUGAGUCAGACCAGUGCCAUUCACUGAUGUCUGAAGUAAAAUCUAGCAAAUAAUCUAGAGCCAAAAAUAGGGUUAGAUGAAAAGUGAGACUUUGCAUGACUCAAAUUUGACUCAAAUUUAUCCAAACAAUCCAAAGUUAAACUAACAUUUUUCAAAAGAAUGCCAGGACAAAAAGACAGACAUCUUGAAAUAAUUUUGAGAAACAUGAGGAACAACAUUAAUCACCAAAUAUCACACUGAAAAGAAACACUAAAGAGCAUGUUACAUGUUAUAUUUCAUGUAAUGCUUCCAAAUAAAUUACAAUGAUAAUGAGACAUUCAUAUUUAACACUAAUGGAUAAUGCUGACAUAAAAAAAAAAAAACAAGUUUACACAAUUUAAACAAUGAGUAUAAAGAACCAAAAAAAUGACUGCGCACAACCAUUACAUAUUUUCUCAAUAAUUAGUAUGGAUGUUUUUAAUAAAGUGGCCCUUUAUUUAUCAAAAUGAGUGACAU